GUCCGGGACAUUCCGUCAACGGAUUGUAUACAUGUAUAUCACCGAGGGCCCUCCAUGCACCUAUACAGAUUUUCGCGACAAAACCCGGUAUCAAAGUUCUGUUGGUCAAUAUAAUGACCAUGGCAGACGCUCGUCCGUUAGAUAUUGUUGUCAUCGGCGCUGGUAUAUCUGGGUUGACCGCGGCGGGGGCUCUUGGGAGACAGGGUCAUCGGGUUGUGGUACUUGAAAAGUCCAAAUUCAACAGGGAAACUGGGGCAGCCAUUAAUGCGCCCCCGAACUGUACGGCGCUUCUGGAGUGGUUGGACAUUGAUCUGCGUGACUUUGGGGGGACUCUGCUAGAAGAGGUUAACCGGCAUGAUCACCGUGGAACGGUGAAGUUCCAUACAGACUUUGAUGCUGUUCGGAAGAUGUGGCAGGCUGAGUACUGUCUAGUACAUAGAUGUGACUUGCACGGCGCCUUGAAGCAUCAAGCACUAAAGGGUGCAGAGAUCCACACGGGGUGCGAGAUCGUGGGCAUAGAUACCUCCACCAGCCGUCCAUCAGUAACGCUGGACGACGGCCGCGUCUUCGCAGGCGACCUGCUGAUCGGCGCAGAUGGACUUCAUUCGGUGAUUCGCAAGAAAAUCGCACCAAAUGCCCCCGACCCAACACCUGCAGACAAGUCCUGUUUCCGCUGGCUGCUACCAGCAGACGAAUUGCGAGAGCUGUCCAUAACGGCUGAUAUAGUACGACGAGGAGCUCUCAUGGAAUGGGCUGCACCGGGAACAGCGCGACUUGUAAUGUAUCCCUGCUCGAACAACGAGGUGUUGAACCUCGUCGCGUUUAUGCCGACAGCUCAAGUCGGAAACCUGGGAGAAGGCUGGGAGGCAACGGGAAAUAAGAAGAUUCUUGUCAAUGGAUUCGCAGACUUCUGUCCUGCAGUGCGCGAGCUGGUUGGGCGCGCUGGCGAUGAUCUCAAGAUGUGGCAGCUGUAUGAUAUGGAGGCGCUGCCGCACUAUGUCGACGAAAGAGUAGCUUUAAUUGGAGAUGCAGCGCAUCCAUUCCAACCGUAUCUGGGCCAAGGAGGCGCGAUGGCGAUUGAGGAUGCCGUCUCGCUUGCGAUCCUCUUGCCGAUGGGAACAACAGUAAAGGAGAUUCCGCACAGAUUGGGGCUGUAUGAAACUUCAAGACGGCCACGGGUUGAGUUGACGUUGUAUUACACGGCGCUGAAUGCGCGGAACGAGGACGAGCAGUCCACCGACACAGAAACCGCGGCGGAAAUGGCGAAGAUUAUGGGGACGAUUAGCUCACAUAACGAAGUGGCACAUUCCACGGCGGUUCUGCAGGAGGCGCAGUCGGCAGUCGGAGCUGGGACGAGCGACUUUCCCGAUUCGGACAAGGGUGAAGCCAUCGCAGGGUAG